UAAGCCUAAAUGAAACAUUAGAAAUAGUAGGAAUACUUUGCGAACAACUGAGCGAUGAGACAAACACGAGACCCGGAGAAUCUCAGCUAUCGAUGGGUGAUUCUCGCCGCCUCAUUCGUGGUUCGGUUCGUGUUAUUCGGAUCCUUAUAUUCGGUUGGAGUUCUAUACGUUGUUUGGCUUGAUGAGUUCCAAACAAGCAAAGGAAACACUGCCUGGAUUGGAUCACUCGCUACUGGAAGUUCUCUUUUGGCAGGACCUCUUGGCAGUGCGCUGAUCAGCAGAAUCGGUACAAGAAAGACGGUUGUUGUUGGAGGAGUUGUAAUGUCUGCUGGUAUGCUGCUGAGCAUAUUCGCAACAAAUAUCUACGUUCUGUUCUUCACAUACGGAAUACUUGCAGGUAGCGGAGGAGGGAUCGCCAACCUAGCUGCAGUCGUCAGGCUCACAGAUUAUUUUAAACGGCAACGAGCAUUAGCCAUGGGAAUCGGAUCCAGUGGAGUUGGACUCGGAGCGUUUGCGUUUACUGUUUUUCAACAAUAUCUUCUUGACCUGUACGGAUGGAGGGGUUCAAUCCUCAUUAUAGGCGGGAUCUGCCUGAACAUCUGCGUUGCAGGUUUAUUGAUGAUUCACCCGAAGCAUCACCCCGGAUUUGUGUCAACUCCGGUCCAGAUCAAAUCUAUCGAUAUAAACUCAAACGAACGACCGAAUAAUUCGGCAGACGACGAUCAUAUUAUGACGUCACAAAGGCAAAAGAAAUCGAACAAUACAUCUGAUGAUGAAACAAGCAUCCCAUUGUGUUCUAUGCAAAAUAAAUUGAACAAUUCAAAUAGUGACGAAAUAUAUAUGAUGUCACAAAGUAUGCAAAAACAAUUGAACAAUACGUCUGAUAGUCAAACUUUUUUUACGUCACAAUCUAUGCAAGAAAACAACGAACCAGCGGGACAAAUACCCAAAGAAGAAAAUUUAUUGCAAAAAAUUGAGAAAAAUCAAGACAAUUUGGGACAUAAUACCGUAAAUGGAUUACUCCCACGUUCCCAUAGCAACGUUGAAAAUAUAGUUUUAAACUUAUCCUCCCAAAACCAAAAUUUGACAAAGGCGUUGGAAAACGAUUCCACGCAAAAUUCGGACCCAAAGCCUUUGAAGACAAUUCAAAGACGUAAAUCAAGUUUCUUUCAGAAAAUUAUGUUUAAAAUGAGAUUCAAAGAUCAAACCUUAUCCUUAUGGCGGGAUCCUGUAUUCGUUUUACUGUUUGUAUCAGAUGUCAUGGCCUGGUUAGUCCAGUUCGUCCCUUUUGUACAUCUGCCUGAGAGGGCGAGAUUAUUAGGUAUCACACCAUUUAAGUCAGCAGUCCUGGUAUCCUCCAUGGGAUUCGCCGGUGCUGUGGGAAAACUAAGUUUUGGCGCCAUUUGUACUUUCUUGAAGCUAAAUCCAUUAAAAACUUUCACUAUAGCACAGAUCCUCUUCGGCACCUCAACGUUACUCAGCCCGCUGUGUCGAAAUUUCCCAUCUCUCAUGGUCUUCGCUGUAUCAUUCGGAUUCCUCAGUGGUGCUUAUUGUCUCAUGAUGGUAAUACCGGCUGAUCUACUCGGACACGAAAAGUUCUCCGCUGCUUAUGGAUUCCUGCUGGCUGGUGAAGGCUUAGGUGUAUAUUUGGGACCUCCUGCUGUUGGUUGGAUAACCGACUCUUCCAACUCAUACGACACAAGUUUCUAUUGCUCUGGCGCUGUGUUACUGACAAGUGGAUUAAUAUUGUUACUGACACCGUGCGCUCAGAAGCUGAGGACUAAAAAGUUAUGACGUCAUCGUAAUUAUGAUGCCAAGUUCAGAUACAAUCCUUGCACAAAGAAUGCAAACUAAAAUGACGUCAUUGUACUUCUGAUGUCAUCAAUAAAAAAAACAAUCCUAUCUCCUGUUUUGUGGAGUUUCUGCACAAGACCGAAGAUUCGGCGAUAUUUAUAUUGAGACGUCAUCACCAAACUUCAUCAAGGUCUGCUCUGUGACAGUAAUUACUAGGUGAUGUCACACCUUGUGACGUCAUCAUCAAAAUACGAGCAAUGAUUGCGUUGUCAUGGUAACUAUAUUGUGACCUCAUGGUCGAAUUACAACAGGGCCUGCCAUCUGCGCUUUACGACGCCAAAAAACAAGUGUGCUGGUGUGCUUUGCCAUUUAUUGUGACGUCAGUGGAAAUGACGUCAAGUUCUAUAACACAAAGAUCGUCUGCUUUGCCUUUUAUUGUGACGUCUGGUCAUAUGACGUCAUGCUCUAUAAUUUAUUCGACACUGACCGAUUUCCCAGCCCUAAUGACUUGAAUCGACUCAAAUUUCACCUCGACUUACAUGGUGCUACAUGAUUGAUCAACUGAAAUUCUACAUUACUCUUUAAGUCAUUAUUCUAUUAAACGUUUUACAGCAGCAAUUCAGGAUUUCUUGGAAUGAGAAGUUGCUAUUCCCUUUACAACGCUUAUUAAAGUAACCACUGAUAUAUAACGAUAUGAAAGGGUGUACUGUUGUUAUAAUGACAGAAACUUUUCUGGUCCGUUAUUGCCUACUAAAUUAAUUUAAUGCAACAUGGGCGAGGCGUGGGUUCAAAUUCGAGGUUUCGGUUCAAUUACAUUUGAACCCACGACAAUUGCACCUAUGAAAUUUUUUUGUGUUACGGAUAUUUGAACCCAUACUAACCCUAACCCAUGAGUUUUAACACCCGCAUAUAGAUUGAACCCGCGGAUAUACACAUGGGUUCAAAUGUGCUGUCACCGAGGUUUUAAUCCGCUAUGCCAAGAUAGGCAAAUGCCUACGCUUUACCAACAGGCAGGGGCAUAGCCAGGUCUUAACAAGGGGAGGAUCUUGAAAUUUCUAAUUGCCAAGUUAAGCCGAUACAGCUAGCGGGUCCGAAAUAGACUAAAAUAGUAUUUCCAGUUACGAAAAAGUGCGAUGUAUGAUACGAAGAAAUGUUUUUUUUCUUUAUUUCGUUUUCAACUCUCAACCACUCUGGCUACGUCCCUACCAACAACAGGGUCAUCGCGCGCAUUCGGUUCAAAAUUGGCAACUGACUUGCAAGUGCUUGUAGCUCUGCUUGUUCGAGACGAAAGUUUAAAACGCCGAAUAAAAACACACUUUUCUCUUGCAAAAGUACUUUUUCUUAUUUCACUGUAUAUAUCUUAUUUUAUGCAUUGUCACCUAUAAUAUACGCAAUACUCUACAUACCUCAAUUUAUGAAAGUGACCAAAUAUAUAUACUACAACAAAGA